GGAUCAGAUGAUUCUAUACUGUGUCUCGUGGUUCCAUACCUAUGGGUAUAUACAUAUUACCUGAUGUUAUAUGUGCAUUUACAUAGUAUACAAUUACUGUUCAUUCUAAAACAUAACCUAUAAGCAUCCAGGUGAAUAUCAACAGAAAUGAAUGUACCAACUAGAAGAAUUUGUACGAAAGUAGGAAAACCAUAUAUUGUCAUUGUUCGAUCUCUGAGUAAAGAAACUUUAUCUCGAUGGUGGUGUAAGCUUACAAAUCAGAAACCAAAUCGCAAGACUUUUAGAAGUGAUAUUUAUGGAAUGGAACCUUAUGAAUCCAACUACGAGUCAAGUGAAAAAAUUAGUUUCCCUGCAUAUUGUUUAUUGAGUGUACCAAUUGGUGCAUUUUUACUUGGUACGUGGCAAGUUCAAAGGCUUAAAUGGAAAACAGAUUUAGUGGAAAAGCUAAAAAAGCGUACUAGUCAUGAACCUUUUGAAUUACCAGAAAAUUUAGAAGAUUUGGAGACAAAGGAAUAUUAUCCUAUUAGAGUAAGAGGAACAUUUUUAUAUGACAAAGAGUUUAUGGCAGCGAAUAGAAGCCUGAUAAAAGAUGGUAAACCAUCAGAUGCCAAUUUUUCUUUUGGAAGUAGAUCAGAAAGGGGAUAUCAUAUUAUUACACCCUUUAAGUUAGCAGAUAGAGACUUAACAAUUCUGGUAAAUCGUGGCUGGAUUCCAAAAACAUUAAAAAAUUCACCACAGAGACACCAAUCUGAGGUAGAAGGUGAACAAGAAAUUGUAGGAAUUUUAAGAAUGAGUGAAAGAAGACCACCUUUUGUUCCUAAAAAUCGUCCACAUCAUAAUAUGUGGUAUUAUAGAGAUGUAAAUGAAAUGGCUGAAAAGGCAGACACGUCUCCUAUAUAUCUCGAAAUGAGCAUUAACAACAAUUUGAAUCAGUACCCAAUUAGUGGUCAAACAAGAGUGGAAUUACGAAAUGAGCAUUUAAAUUAUCUCCUCACAUGGUAUUGUCUGUCUGGAGCUACUGCGUACAUGUGGUACUGGAAAUUCAUAAAAGGAAUACCAUUAGCACAUUGAAAACAAGCAUUGAGUAUGCAUUUAAAUCAUAAGGAAAAUAGUUAUCAUGCGCAUGUAUAUAUAAAAAUCAUAUAUUAUUAAUCUAAUAUUUUUUUUGUAAUUCAAUCCUAGUAAUUUAAUAAAUAAAGUAUAUUAUUACAAUUAUUCUAUACCACAACAAAGUGAUUGUACUAUGCUAAUAAGAGAAUAUCAAUUCUUCAUUUAAAAAUGUCGCUUUUUAUUAUCAUAACAACAACAGUGAUAACCACUACUAACAAAAUUGUCAACAAUGGUCACGGUAUACAAUUACAUUGAAGAAGUCAGCAUAGAAAAUACAAAUAUGAAAAUAUACCAUACAAAUAUGAAAAUACACCAUGUACAUGCUACAUUGACUUUCCUUUCCUUUUUUCUUUUUAAUCAUUAUAUGUACGUAUUUACUCUAGUGUAAUAAUCACGGCUUUCGCAAUCCGUGAGUAACCAUUCAAAUGAUAACUGCGACAAGGGGACAUAUUUAUUGAA